AUGGUACCCGUCGGACCAUUACCACCCCAGGCCUCGUCUUCGACGCUCUGGGCAACAGCUUCCAAAGAGUGGGUGAUUCCAGCUAAGCCUAAGCCUGGACGGAAGCCAAAGAAGGACACCAUGCCCGUCGUACCGCAGGUUAUAACAGAAGACGAGGAUGUCGAUAGUAGUGGUAGAAGAGUGCAAAAUAGGGCUGCACAGCGUGCCUUUCGUGAGCGAAAGCAAACGCAGUUGGCUGAAUUACAAGCAAGGCUCCAAUCGUACGAGCAAGGGGAGAUUAAGCGCAAUGUCGCUCUACAGAACAUCGCCAAAAGACUGAAGGAUGAAAACGAGGAACUUCGCAAGGAGAACAGCAUGCUGAAGGAAAGAGUAGAAAGGCUGGAGAAUGAGCGAGUUAAUGGGGUCGAAAUGGAGAGGAAAAGAUACGGAGAUGAAGCAGCGGAUCCUUCAUCGUGCAUUUCACCAGAAACGUCCAGGAAGAGGGCAAAACUCUCUGCAGAUCCUCCUACUAUCCAACUUUCUGGGGCAUCUUACAAUUCAUACUCAUCUACCAGCUCCAUGAUACCCUCGCCAUCUUCCGUGGAUUCGGACAACGCACUUUCAGCGAUGGCAGUUGAACAUCAAACUCAAGAUCUCAUGCAGCCCAUGUUCCAAUCUCCAUCGCCAUCUCUCGUCAACGUACUUGACUUCUCGUCUCAUUCUAAACCAGAUAAUAUGGAGCACCAAAGCUCUCUCGACUCGUACAGAUGCAUGCUUUGUAGCACAGAUAUGCCCUGUGUGUGUAGAGACAUAGCGAUUCAAUCGGUGCAGAAUGGACAAAUGGGAAUGCCCCAUUCCGAUCAUGUGUCACUCGAAGUCGAGAAGUACCAAAGCCACGUUAACUCUACCAUUGCCCAACCCAUCCCGAUACAGGCCACUAUGCAUCCCCAAAUGUCUAUCCUCGAAAAUCUGCCCAGCUAUCAAGCGCCUGUCCCCAUUCGUCGACGCUCAAAUCCAAACGGGAAUACGCUAUUUUCGCUACUCAAGCCCUCCCACUCUCAGACUUCCGCCAAAUGUUCUGGUGAUCCUGCCAAUUGUAUGGCCUGUGCCGACGACACAUUUGGGAAAGCUUUCUGCUCAGCCAUAGGGCAAUCUGUGGCAUCUAAGAUGCCGUGCAUAAACUGUCCAGGUCAGGCGGAUGAUGGCAGUGGGAACUCAUCAUCCAAGGUUGUAAUUGCUGGCUGCUGUGGGGACAUCAGCAAAUGUGGUUCAUGUGGGAUCGCACCGAUGGCCUCAUCGGCACCACAGCGCCUGCCUGGACCAGAGACCAUCGCGACGGAUGAUGCAUGGCGCCAACUCAAGUCACACCCAAAUGUAGCUUUCACCGACCUAUCCCUUUUGGCUGAGGUUGUCGCUCGUAGAUCAAGAUGCACUGGUCCUCGCGUUACUAUCUCACCUGCACCAGGAUCAAUAACCCCUGAACGUUCGUCUCUACAGGCGGAAGCUUAUAUGUCGCAUUCACCUAGAGAGGCGGAACACAGCGAUCAGUCCAUCCUGCUGACAGAUCCUCACGAACAAUACCACCAAAAGCGGAGGUCUUCAGCUGCCUCCUCGCCGCCGCCCAGGCUGGUACCCCAAGAAAUUUUAAUUGAAUGCGGGCGUCGGAGGAUGCGGGAGGUACACGCGGAAGGGGUUAGGGAAGCUUUGAGACUCUUGGAUUCCAAGUUUGCACAUGCAAGACCUUAGGAUGAUGAGACAAUGGAUGUUUGUAAGUCAUUUGUAUAUGGAUAUUCUUCGUCUGUAGGCAGUAUUUAUUGGACAGUUGUGACAUAUGUAUGGGCAGGUUGUUAGUACACACCUAGCAUUAAUUUGAAAAUACAACUCAAAGUCAGAUCCACUUACAGGUGCUUAUCUCGCAAAUUUUGGAUAACAUAAUUAUGUGUCGGUUGCAAGGGUACCUAGCCUUGAGACUGACUCCAACUUCGGUUUCGGUUUUAGGGGUGUGCCACAGAGAAGCACUAGAGUGAGGAACCAGACAGCCAAUCCGAAUUUUAGACAUCGUCAAGUUGAGGAAGUAAACCCAAGUGGCUAAUGUCAUAUAUCUAUAUCCGUUCUUUCGCAAGAUGGAGUGGACUUCAAAUGAAUUAAGCAUUAUCAUUAUACCGUGACUGCAACCUAUU